ACAACUUUGGUUUUUCUUUCGAAGUAUUAUUCGAAAAGUAAUAUUGAACUUAUUUCAGCAUAACGAAUCACCAUACUGGAUUAAUGGAGUGACUUUAUGCAAUAUUCUUCUAUUUGAACUGGAAACUUAACAUAACCUCUGUUAUCACGAAAUUUAGAGAUUUUUGUUUAAAAUGGAAGUUGGAGCAGUGAAACAGGCAUUUAACAACGAGCUUAUCCUGCUCAAAAAGAUACUCAACCAAGCCAAAAUUCAUAUUAUACAUAAGUUGACAAGAAAAGCUAAAGCAUUGGUGGAGAAGAAAGCACCGGAACCUUUGAAGGAAAAAAAUAAGCGAAAGGCAGAAUCCGCCAUAAAUGAAGUUUUGAUUAUGAAGAAAAUCAAAGCAAGAGACAUUGGCAAAUUUAUUCUAACUCACAAAGGCAAACUUCAAGACUACUUAAACAAACCUCAAGUCGAUCAAGAAAAGGCUUGUGCUCGAUUGCUGCUUCACAAAGCAAUGCAAGAUAAGUACAAAUUUAUUCGUAGCAGAUUUUCUGGUGUGCCAAUAAAUGACCUCUUCAUGUCAAGAGCAGAACGUGAUAAAGAAGGAUCUUCUGAGGAUGGUACUGUACAAAUUGAGUCAGGAAAUGAGUCUGAAGAAAGUCGGGGUGAAGGUAUUUCAAAGAUACAAAGAAAAAGACAGGUUGACACAAGCAUACAUCUAGAAAGUGAAGGGAGGGACAGUGAAGGUAGUAGUAAUAAUGACAAUGAUAGUAAUAAUGACGAAGAUAAUGAAAUAUCGAAUAACAUAAGACAUAUUGUAAAGUUAGGUCCUGUACCACAAGAAAACAAAUUUGAAUUGAAAAUAGGAAAACCAAAUAAAAAUGUAGAGGAAAGUACAGUAGCAACAUUACGAAAAUUGGGAAAGAAACAAAAAGACAGCAACAAGAACAGGAAUUUUAAUGAAAAAAUAUUAAACAGAAAGUUUAAGAAGGACUCGGAUGAUACACCUCAGAAGGAGGUAAAAAUUGUAGAUCCAUUUUUUAUAACAUCUACUGGAGAAAACUACAUGUCAUUGGCUGAACCUAGAGCACCAGAUGAAGUGAAAGAAUUUCACAAAGAGGGAAAUAGAAAACUUAGAAGAGCGGCUAGGUUUGGACAUGUUCCUAAGAUAAAACCAAGGCAGGAAUUUCGCCAGGACAAUGAAGAUAGGUUUCAUAGACAUAAUAAACAAAAUGGUUUUGAUAAAAGGUCUAGUGGAUUUGAUAGACAAAACCAGAAAAAUGAUAAAUUUACUAGGAAAGAUAACUUAGGGAGAGAUAAAUUUAGAGACAAUGAUAGAAUGUUUAAUAAAAACGAUAAUUUUCAUAUAAAUAAGGUCCGAAAUAAUCAACAAACGAAUUUUAAUGACAGGAAUGAUAAUAGUGUCAAACCAGAGAAGUUACAUCCUUCAUGGGAAGCAAAGAAGCGGCAGUCAGGUAUAUUACCAUUUGAAGGUAAAAAAGUUGUUUUUAAUGAUGACUAG